AUGCCCCAGUUUCCCGACUAUGUUACCACGACCGACGAACUUCUUCGUGUGCAGAUGUACAACGACAGACUGUCUCAUUACGGCGAGAUAUUUGUCUAUCAGGUUUCUCUCCGAAACCUCGCUGUUAAGAUCCGCAACGGGCUGAACCAAGAUCACCUUCUACGAACCAUCGUCGAGAAGCUGGCGAGGCAGCUUGAACAGUGGCACAGUUCUUUGCCAGGUUACCUGAGCUGGGACAGAGAUCUUGCCUCCACUGUGUAUUCGGCCCCUGAGCUUCACCCUACCAGUCAGUCGUUUUACGUCCAGAAUAUGUAUGCUGCGGAAGCCAUGGAUGGGCUGCAUCCAGGCCCCAUAACCAACUUCAUCGGGUCCGACAUCGCAAAUCCCAGUGCGAACAUCAGUUAUCCCAACUCGGACGAUGUACUGCUUGCCAUUAUGCGCUCACGGUACUACCAUCUUGAAUAUCUACUCUACCGGCCCUUCGCCUACAAGGUUCUCCACGAACACCCGGACAACUUAAGCGAAGCAGACCUCUCAGCAACCACAAGGUUCCUCCACGCCUGUGUUCUCUGGCCUAUAAUGGUCCCACCGACCUCUCAGCACAAGCGCAUGAUCCCGUGUCUGUACUUUUGGUCGCAACACAUAUUAGGCGCACUCAUCAUGUUACACCUGUCCCUCGUAAACCCCACCCUCUCCAACAUCCGACAAAGCCAUUGCCGCCAAGGAUACGAACAGGAAGCUGAUCUGACGGUUGAAUGGGGUAUUGCAUGGAUUCGAGAUCUAAAAGACGUUGACAGAACUGCACAAUGGUGCUGGACCAUUCUCAAAGGCCUUUAUCGACUCGACGACUGA